AUGGCACACGGUCUGGUCAGACGGGAGUCGGUAGAAACGGAGAUGCACAAGUCCGAAGAGAAAAGAAAAACCUUCGUUUACACCAAGAAGAGGGGCUACGAUGUGACCCGAAACCCGCACCUGAACAAGGGCAUGGCCUUCUCCCUGGAGGAGCGCCUCCAGCUGGGGACCCACGGCCUGCUGCCUCCCUGCUUCAUCACACAGGAAGUCCAGCUGCUGCGAGUGCUCAAGAACUACGACAUGAAGAAAGACGACCUGGACAGAUAUGUGUUUCUGAUGGGGCUCCAGGACUGCAACGAGAAGCUGUUCUAUCGGGUGAUAACGUCAGACAUCGAAAGGUUUAUGCCCAUCAUUUACACCCCCAUCGUGGGCCUGGCCUGCCAGCAGUAUGGGCUGAUAUUUCGAAGACCGAGGGGGCUGUUCAUCACUAUUCAUGACCGUGGCCACAUUUCUACGCUGCUCCAGAACUGGCCAGAAAAGGACGUCAGGGCUGUUUGUGUGACGGACGGCGAGAGGAUCCUGGGCCUGGGAGACCUUGGCUGCUAUGGUAUGGGCAUCCCAGUGGGCAAGCUGGCCCUCUACACAGCCUGUGGAGGCAUGCCGCCACAGCAGUGCCUGCCUGUCAUGCUGGAUGUGGGCACAGACAAUGAGGCGCUGCUGAAGGAGCCUCUCUACAUCGGACUGAGACAUAAGAGAGUGCGAGGCCAGGCCUAUGAUGACCUGCUGGAUGAAUUUAUGAAGGCUGUGUCGGACAGGUAUGGAAUGGACUGCCUGAUUCAAUUUGAGGACUUUGCAAAUGUUAAUGCUUUCCGUCUGCUGAGCAAGUACCGCAACAAGUACUGCACAUUCAACGAUGACAUCCAAGGUACUGCUGCAGUAGCAGUCGCAGGACUCCUGGCCGCCCUCCGCCUCACCAAGAGCAAAAUGUGCGACCACACCAUUGUGUUCCAAGGUGCAGGGGAGGCAGCGAUGGGGAUUGCUGAGCUGAUCACCAUGGCCAUGGAGAAAGAGGGACUCGCUAAGGAAGAGUGUUUGAAAAAGAUCUGGAUGGUUGACUCUAAGGGUCUCAUUGUCAAGGGUCGAGACCACUUGACUCAUGAAAAGGAGAGGUUUGCUCAUGAGCACCCACACAUGAAGAAACUGGAGGAUGUGGUCCAGGAACUGAAACCUACAGCUAUCAUCGGUGUGGCAGCUGUUGCCGGAGCCUUCACCGAGCAGAUCAUCAGGGACAUGGCUUCCUUCAAUGAACGCCCAAUCAUCUUUGCCCUCAGCAACCCGACCAGCAAAGCCGAAUGCACUGCUGAGCAGUGUUACACCCUCACAGAGGGGCGGGGCAUCUUUGCCAGUGGCAGCCCAUUUGAUCCCGUCACACUGCCUGAUGGGAGGACGUUCUUCCCUGGUCAGGGAAACAACGCCUACAUCUUCCCUGGUGUGGGCCUGGGUGUCACGGCCUGCGCCGUCAGACACAUUAGUGAGGAAAUCUUCCUCACUGCAGCAGAGGCGCUUGCUCACCUGGUGACAGAGAAGGACCUGAGCGAGGGAAGAUUGUAUCCCUCUCUCAGCUCUAUCGGCGACGUCUCUCUCAAACUGGCUGCCAAGAUCAUGGAGUAUGCCUAUGAAAACAACAUGGCGACGCUUCACCCGGAGCCGUCCGACAAAGAGGCGUAUGUGCGCUCACUCACCUACAGCACUGACUAUGAUGAGUUUGCUGUGGACCCGUACCGCUGGCCAGAGGACAGUAUGACUGUGCAGUCAUGCAAACUUUAACGAACUGGACAGAGACACAGAAUGAGCCCUGGAGCGACAUGGUAACUACUGACAUGCAAUAUCGUCACAAGACGUGACGGUGGGCUACGAAUGAGGCUGUGUGUAGAAUUUUCUCAUUAAAUAUAUCCCUGUGAAACUAAUGGUGACAACACAUGUAGAGUUAUUGAGCUUUAAAUCUUUGAUGUGCCCUUCUCCAGGAGUGAAAUGCAUGGUAGUUUAAAGAUGCAGUUAAAGAAAUAUUGCAUUUAUAAGUAACGGAAAGAAGGGAAACUGAUCAAAUGUGAAACAGGAAGUAGUUUGCAGAACUUACAACUUACAUUACAUUUUAUGAUAAUAUAUUUGGGGAAAGUCCUUUGCUGGUUACUUUUAAUUGCACUGUAAUAAGCAGUUACUUAUAACUGUGUAGGCUAUAAUACAAAACUCUUUGUCACAUAAAAAUGGUUUUGAUUAGUGUUUUCCGUGUAUGAGUACUACAUUUGUACUGACAAAGGACAAGGGUGCAUUGAGAAUUAGAAAGGAAUGUCUAAUAAAGAUGU